GCCUCAGAGGCUGGAGAGCAGAGCAGCGAGAAUUGUUCUGAGAGGAACAGCCUGUAGGAAGUUCUGGCUGAGGGCUUCCCCACAGUGAGCUGGCGCACCAGCUACAACACACAGGACUGGGCUGCAAGAACAGGCCAAGCCUUAGGUCCCAACUGGGUUCACUGACUUUCCCAGCACCACCAGCAUCACCAGCACCAGCAGCAUCACCAGCAUCACCAGCACCAGCAGCAUCACCAGCAUCACCAGCACCAGCAGCAUCACCAGCAUCAUCAACACCAGCAGCAUCACCAGCACCAGCAGCAUCACCAGCAUCACCAGCACCAGCAGCAUCACCAGCAUCACCAGCACCAGUAGCAUCACCAGCAUCACCAGCACAACCAGCACCACCAGCAUCACCAGCAUCACCAGCACCACCAGCAUCAUGCUAUCACUGCUCAAGACAAAGGGAGCCUUUGACACCUUCACUUCAAAGAGCAUCAUUAUCCCCAAGGGAGGAAAACCUCAACACGUCUACCAAAAAGAAGAUAACCUGCAGGACCGUCUGCAAAGAGAAGCCACCGUUCUUGGAACCAUCCAGAUCAUGUGUUGCCUGGUGAUUUCAAGUGUGGGAGCCACUUUGGUUUCAGCUCCCCACUCUCCCCGCUUCAGUCCAGCAGUUUCCACCAUUCUGAUGUCCGGGUACCCAUUUUUAGGAGCUCUGUGUUUUGCCAUUACCGGAUCCCUUUCAAUUAUCUCUGGAAAAAAAUCAACUAAGCCCUUUGCCAUGAGCAGCCUGACCUCAAAUGCAGUGAGUUCUGUGGCUGCUGGAGCAGGCCUCCUCUUCCUCAUGGACAGCCUGGUAGCCCUGGGGACUGCCUCUCAGCAGUGUGACUCAGAAAAGGAUUAUCUAUCCUCCUUGCUGUAUUCGGAGUACUAUUAUUCAACAGUCAAGGACUGUCUUCUGACCAGUGCCAGUCUAACAGGUGCUCUGGCGGUGAUGCUUAUCUUCACGGUGCUGGAGCUCUUACUGUCCGCAUAUGCUUCUAUCUUAUGGUGGAAACAGGUCUACUCCAACAACCCUGGGUGUGCAUUCUCCUUGUCUCAGUCAUGAGAUCAUAUCCAAUAUGGCAAAAAGAGUUCAAGGUCACAGAUACGAAUCACUCUUGGCCUUAGAGGACGAAGGAGGAGAAACCUAGUGUUCAUGGCAACAUGUGAUUAGACUCUCCUGAAUUUUCAGCUCCUUUAGCCACUGAAAGAAACAUUAAAUUAAAAAAAAAAAAGAAAAACAAUCCCCAAACAAAAGGAAAUAAAACAAUUGUUUGUCUUCCA